AUGGACUCCGUGGGGGCAGGUCUGGCUGGAUGCCUGCUCCCCGCAGACCCCUCGGCACCCCCGGGCCCUUUGACUCACCUGAGCCUGCCGGACAGCUCAGAGGCGCGGCCGCAGAGCGGAGCCGACGGGCGGAGCCUCCCCGGCAGUUGGACCAGUCCCAGGUCUUCUUCGGAGCCCAGUGCGGUCCUGAGGGAAGGCGUGCGCCGCUGCCUGCAGCAGCAGUGCGAGCAGACGGUUCGGAUCCUGCACGCCAAGGUGGCCCAGAAAUCAUACGGAAAUGAGAAGAGGUUCUUCUGCCCGCCGCCCUGUGUCUACCUCGCAGGUCCCGGCUGGAGGGUGAAGCCAGUGCCGGGCCAAGCCCACCAAGCAGGGGAGACUGGGCCCCUGGUCUGCGGUUACAUGGGACUAGACGGCGCGUCCGGCAGCGCCGCCGAGACGCAGAAGUUGAAUUUCGAAGAGCAGCCCGACUCCAGGGAAUUCAGUUGCGCCAAGACUCUGUACAUCUCGGACGCAGACAAGAGGAAGCACUUCCGACUGGUGUUGCGGCUCAUGCUCCGAGGCGGCCGGGAGCUGGGCACCUUCCACAGCCGCCUCAUCAAGGUCAUCUCCAAGCCCUCGCAGAAGAAACAGUCGCUGAAAAACACCGACCUGUGCAUAUCCUCGGGCUCGAAGGUCUCCCUCUUCAACCGCCUGCGCUCCCAGACGGUCUCCACGCGCUACCUCUCCGUGGAGGACGGGGACUUUGUGGCCAGUGCACGCCAGUGGGCUGCCUUCACUCUCCACCUGGCUGAUGAACACUGUUCCCAGGGGGACUUCCCGCCUCGAGAGGGCUACGUCCGCUACGGCUCCCUGGUGCAGCUCGUCUGCACGGUCACGGGCAUCACCCUACCUCCGAUGAUCAUCCGCAAAGUAGCCAAACAGUGUGCCCUCCUCGACGUGGAUGAGCCCAUCUCCCAACUCCACAAGUGUGCAUUCCAGUUUCCCGGUGGCCCUCCAGGAGGAGGUGGCACCUACUUAUGUCUCGCUACAGAGAAGGUGGUGCAGUUUCAGGCCUCCCCCUGCCCCAAGGAGGCCAACAGAGCGCUGCUCAACGACAACUCUUGCUGGACCAUCAUCGGCACCGAGUCGGUGGAAUUCUCCUUCAGCACCAGCCUGGCGUGCACCCGGGAGCCGGUCACUCCCGUGCCGCUCAUCAGCACCCUCGAGCUGAGUGGCGGGGGCGACGUGGCCACCCUGGAGCUCCACGGUGAGAACUUCCACGCGGGGCUCAAGGUGUGGUUCGGGGACGUGGAAGCCGAAACCAUGUACAGGAGCCCGCGGUCCCUGGUAUGUGUGGUACCCGACGUAGCCGUCUUCGGCAGCGACUGGCGCUGGCUGCGCACACCCAUCACAGUGCCCGUGAGCCUCGUGCGCACCGACGGCCUUUUCUACCCCAGCGCCUUCUCCUUCACCUACACGCCAGAGUACAGCGCGCGGCCGGGGGCCCCGGGCGCCCCGGCGGCUCCCGCCGCUGACGCCGACGCGCUCCUGGAGAGCAUCCAUCACGAGUUCACGCGCACCAACUUCCACCUCUUCAUCCAGACGUAGGAGGAGCGGCCUGGACGCUGAGACCUGGCCGGGGGCGGGUUUUCUGGGUCCUGAGCCCUGCCCUCCGCCUCGGUGCUGCGCAAGUGAAAGCUGAAGACCGACUUGCAGAAAGCUCUCGCCCUAGAAACCUGGCCCUGCGGGUCUUUCACCGAUUACUCCCUCAUCUUUUCCGUCUAGGAAGACCCCGCCUGAGUGAUGCUCCCUUUGUAUCCGGUCAGGAGUGUGGUUUUCUCUGUCAUUGUCUUUUUCACUCUCACACUCUC